AUGGCAGCGUCAUCAUCCCCGGUCUCUGCACGCCGUACCCAGGAUGUUAUAGGGGUGCACAUGACCUUCAACCUCAAGCAUGGUGAUUACGCUCAAUUCAUCCGCGACUUUUGUGGUGUGCUAGUUAAGCAUGAGACUCCCGAAAUGGUCGCCGGGCAUCUUGUGCUCGCCAAGCAAAAUCAUCCUGCAGCGCCAAAGAGGUGGAUGUACAUCAAACUGAAGGGCAAAAAAAAUGAGUCCGUCACCCUUGCCAUUCGGGAUGACAAUCUGUACCUUAUUGGCUUCCAGGGUAAAAAUGAAAGGUGGUAUGAGUUUGGAAUAUCAACAGACGUAACUGCGUCGAUAUUGAAUACAAACACUCCCACCACCUUUUUAGGGUGCGAUGUUACGUAUAAGGAGUUGCUAGAAGUUCACCAGCGCCAACAAGUCAGGACAGAAAUGGGGACACUAGAACUUGGCAGGAGAUCUGCGAUAGAAGCAGUACGUGUUCUGUCAAGGUACGAGCAAGUGGAUAAUGUGGCGGUUGACAGAGUCACCAGGCGGGCAUUGGUGCGCCUAAUUCACAUGUUCUGUGAGGCCACGAGGAUGAUUCCAUUCUUCAACACCGUGGUGGAUAGUUGGGACAACACCACAGGCGGUCAUCGUAUCAGAGAGGAUCAGGUAAUAUACCUCUGGCACUGGGGGAGAAUGUUGGCCGCGCUGCGGGAGUGGAAAGAAAAAAAUUAUGGAAGUUGGGGGGAAGCUGCAUUUACUGCACAGCUGGCGAAGCAAACCAAUGUCAAAUCCGCAGGAGAGGCACUUGACGUAGUUCAACUGCUUCUCAGAAAAGCUGGACAAAACAACAGAUCGCCACACACCAAGGUCCAAGAAACAGAAGACAAUAAUGGCGGCAACGAUCAGACUGGCGGCAAGGAGCAGGCUGGCGAUGGCGAAAAUAUGAAUAGCAGCCACGAGCAGGCUGGGGACAGCCACGAGCAGACUGGUGACGGCCACAGGCAGACUGGCGAUAGCAACAACGAGAAGCACAAGUCGGCAGCUGGCUACGAUGACAACAUCAACCAGCUACAUCCAGCGUCAACCGGCUUUGGCAGGCCCCUUGUGCAGGUGUUUGGCGUGCGAGCCGACUUCCAUGUAGUUGGCAGCAUAGCCGUCUUCGACGGCAAACGCGGCCAGAUCAUCUACAAGUGCCCAGCUCCCAUCGCCGACUAUCCAUCCACAUCUGAGAAUACGAUCGAUUUGCCACUCACUGGACCAUAUAGAGCCAUCUCAGCUGACGGGAGCUUUGUAAUUCAAGUCCAAGGCUCUGAACGGUCUAAGAAUGUUGGGGGUGACAUGUUGUGGGAUUGUUACUCCGACCAAGCUGUGUAUGACAAAGUCUUGACCCACAAUAUCGGCUCCAUCGCGGAUGUAACAUAUGCAGUGCUGAGCAACGCCGUGGAGACCUCCGUGCAGGUCCAGCUGAAGCUGAAUGGUGACAAAGCUGGUGCCACCGCCCGCGUGCACGGUGAAAUCACGGCGAAGUACCAGCACUACAACGACCACAGCAUAGUGCUCUUCAGCUGUACAAAAGAGAAGGAAAUGGAACUGGAGAUCUCCAUGUACGAUGGCAUCAUUAGUAUUCCAAUUCCACUUCAGCGGUCGGUCAUUGCGGUGCCUGUCAGCUCAUCGCUUCAGAUAAAGGUGAAGAUCCAUGUCACAUGUCUACCCAAGCAUGAGGGCGUCGUCUCCUUCGACGACGACCUCAUCUUCCCCCACACAGAUCAGCAAACGGGAAAACUUCUGGGGGGAGAUGUGGCGGUUCAUGUGACGAUCAGACCACCCACUUCGGCCGACACCUGCGCCUUCCCAAAACCAAGUAAUAGAGCACUGUCGCUUGCGCUGGCUACUACUCCAGUUCCAAGGAAGGAAACUACUGCAGGAAAGAGUUUGAUGCGUUGGGUUCUAAAAUUUAAGAGGUUGAUGCCCCCCGCUCUGAAAAGGUUUACUUUUGAAGCAAUUGGUUCCAAAUAG